GGCAUCUGCGAACUGCGGGGCAGAAUGGGAGUGGCAGCGCAAUAUAAGUGCCAGGGCGGGUCUCCAAUCCACCGAGAAUCCCAACCUUGAAGCUUUGCUCUCUCUCCCAGUGAACCUGUUGCUGCCCUCUAUUGGGAACACAACACCACCGGUUCUGGUCCACAACCCUUGUCGUCCCCUGACCAUUCUUACACUCCUACCAAACCCUAGAAACAACCGUCACACCGCACGAAGAUGGGCAUCCCGGUUCACUCGGUGCCGCCAGAAGCCAGAACCAACUACAUCAUCGACCAGCUCGAGGGCGAGCGGCUUACCAUCCCGGGCAGCAAGGGCGUGUUCCGCAUCCUCGCCUCAUCCAAGCAGACCAACGGCGGCAUAGCCGUGUUCUCGAGCGGCGCCGUCUUGUCCGACGCCCCAGGCUUCCACUGGCAUGCCGAAGCUCACGACGUUUUCCUCGUCACCAAGGGGUACCUGAAGCUCUGGAACGGCGACAAGUGCAGGAUCAUGGGGCCGGGUGACUUUGCCUACGUGCCACCGAAAGUGAUUCACAACCCCGAGAUGCUUGGCCCGCACACCGAGACGAUGGGCCUGGUCGCGCCCGGCGACUGGGUCGAUUUCUUCCGGUACGUUGCGGAGAGCUACGGCGGCGUCAUCGUGCCCGAGAACGACGACCGCGACCUGCGGGCGCUGCUGAUCCCCAAGGUCAUGGCGGCCAAGGACCGCUUCGACGUGCACUUCGAGCGCGACUACCGGCCGCCGGCGGUCGGCGACUGGCUCGAGACGGAGAACGCGCUGCCCGGCCCACUCGAGCCGUACUUCCUGCGCGCCAACACGGGCCCGCGCUGGAUGCUCGGCGGCGUCAUGUCGCGGCCGUUCAUCACGGCCGAGCAGUGCGCCGGCAAGUUCGCCAUCUCGAGCAUCGAGUCGUCCAACCAGUACUACAACACGGCAGGCGGGUCCGAGGCCGAGGCCGCGGCCGCGGGUCCGUUCGGCGGGCGGUGGCUGACGUUCCCGACGGUGGACCACUGCUUCAGCGUCAUGGAGGGGCUUCUGCGGGUGCAGCUGCGGGACGACGAGGCCGCGGGGCAAGGGUGGACCGACGUGCGCGAGGGCCAGACGCUGGUGAUCGCGGCGGGCCAGGCGUUCCGCCUGCGGUUCGCCAGCCGGUACGUGCGCGCCAUCACGUUCACCAACGGCGCCGGCAUCGAGACCGUCGUGCACCGCGCGGGGCAGCCGUAUGCGAACUUUGUCCUGCCCGAGGAGGCCGCUGCUUGUGACGUGCAGAAGCUGGAGGUUGUAUGUGGGGAGUUAGGCGUGCAGCUGGCGGCGUAACCACGCGGAUGCAUUGUCGAGGAUAGUCCAGAGGACGGACGCGCUAGGCUGGCCGCGGUUGGAUGUAGCGAUGUUCUAGAGCCUGCUAGUGUUAGGAUAAAAAGCCUUCUCCUGCGGUAGCAUCUGACGCGGUGUAAGAUGCGCACAGGGACAGCAGGG